UGAGGACGUUGGUAUUGAUUAUCUUAUAGCUNNNNGUAAAAGCCUAGACCAAAUUAAGAAAAACCUAGACCAAAUUAGUGAAAGUUUAGACCAAAUUAGUAAAAGCCUAGACCAAAUUAGUAAAAGCCUAGACCAAAUUAGUGAAAGCCUAGACCAAAUUAGUAAAAGCCUAGACCAAAUUAGUGAAAGCCUAGACCAAAUUAGUAAAAGCCUAGACCAAAUUAGUAAAAGCCUAGACCAAAUUAGUAAAAGCCUAGACCAAAUUAGUAAAAGCCUAGACCAAAUUUGUAAAAGCCUAGACCAAAUUAGUAAAAGCCUAGACCAAAUUAGUAAAAACCUAGACCAAGUUAGUAAAAACCUAGACCAAAUUAGUAAAAGCCUAGACCAAUUUAGUAAAAGCCUAGACCAAUUUAGUGAAAGCCUAGACCAACUUAAUGAUGGCAAGAUCAAUGUU